CGAAGUUGGGCGCGGCAAUCCUUGAUCCCAGCGGAUACACGCCCAGUUGGAGUACCAAAACCGGAGGGUCUAUGCGAUGGAGCACGAUGGCGAGACUCAGGAUGAUGGGGCGCCACGGCCCAUUGUCCAAAUCCAAAUGAAAGGCAAGGAGGCAAUGUGCUGUGGCUUUUCCUACGAUAGCAACUGGUUAGCAGCUGGGAACGAUACAGGAAGAAUUGAGAUCUAUAGAGUCUCUGAUGGAGGCCUGGCUUAUGUUUUGGAUCGAAAAGCCACACAAAAGUUCGCCUGCACGACAAUGUCCUUCCGGCCGCCCUCGAGCUGCUUUACCAGCAGGAACGUUCUCGUAUCUUGUGACGUUGGUGGUCUUAUUCACCACUGGCAUGCAACAUCCGGAAAGCACCUCGGCACCACCAAAGAGGCUAACAAUCACAUCAACGCGGUGGAUUUCCAGCCGACCGGAGAGAAGUUCGCGACGGGUGGUAGCGAUUUUCAGCAUUACAGGUCCGAGUCUACGACGAAGCCACCAGGAAAAUCGUGCAUACGUUAAGUGAUGGGGUCGUCGCACAGCGAUGGGAUCAAAGUUGUGGGCCACUCCAACCGUGUUUUCGCUGUUCGUUGGCAUCCCGUCGAUUCUCACAUCAUUUUGAGCGGAGGCUGGGACAACACUGUCCAGAUCUGGGAUUUGCGCUGUGGUAGAUCGGUGAGGAGCAUCUUUGGACCAAAGCUGUGCGGGGAAGCUCUUGACGUGUCUGAUAACAACAAGAUCCUAACCGGCUCUUGGCGAUCCACCAAACAAUUACAGGAAUGGGACUUUGGAACUGGUGACCUGAUAAGAACUCUGGAGUGGAUGAGCAACGAGCCGAGCCAAGUCUACACUGCUCAGUACGGGAAGGGCCUCUCUCACAAAUACAUCGUUGCUGGAGGGAGCAAACCAAACAGUGCUUGCGUUUUCCACAAAGACAGUGGCCAGGCACUCGCGGGAGUCUCCGGACUGGAGAAGGCUGUUUACUCGGUCGCCAUCUCGGAGUCUGGAUCUUACCUCGCGGUCACCACGGCAGAUAACGUCUAUCUCUACGACAUGAUCGACCUCACGAGCUCCAUUUAUGAAAAUGGUGGGGAGGGGAAUCGAACCGCGGCAGGGGGUCUGACGUGGCCGCCACGGGGGCAUCGAGCGCGGCCGGACUAGGGUUAUGACAUGGGUUCCUUCCAUGAUCUGCGAGCGCCGUGUCGGACGAAGGCUCUCUAGACCUACUAUGAUUUGUGGAGGGAGCGAUGGAGGGAGAGUGCAUUCCGGCCUCUAGCGGAGGAUUUCUCCCUUGUUCCCUCUCAUGGCAGGAUCUUGCAAGAAUGCGGUAGCGC